CUGUGCUUGGCCUGACGUUGCAAAAAAUCAUUAUACCGCAAUACAAAUUCCGGGGAGAAACAGCAAUUCUCGAAUGCGACUAUCAACUUAAUGGCAAACGAGAUUCUGACGACGAGAUAGAAAAUUCGAAUUUCAAUUAUCAUGAUAGAGAUGAUGAAGUUGAGACACUUUACUCAGUCAAAUGGUACAAGGAUGGGGAAGAGUUUUAUCGAUUUGUUCCAAAAGCAAAGCCUCCACAAAACAGCUACAAAGUGGCAGGGAUUAAAGUUGAUCAUCAGGCAUCGAACAGUAAAAAAGUCUACCUGAAAGGCGUGACAUUGAAGUCAACAGGGAUUUAUCGUUGUGAGAUCUCAGCAGAAGAGCCAGACUUCAAAACAGUGCAAGGGGAAGGCAAACUGGAAGUUGUAUCUGCGAAAAAGAAAACGGAAACGGUUGCAGAUUCUAAUUAUCUCACACAAUAUCGAGAUAUUCAUCAUAUAAAUGGUCUAAUAACGACAUCAGUAGGUUUAAGUAUUCCUGUAGAUGGACGACAUUUUUUCGACGGCAUAAUGCGGGUACGUUGUAUAGCUAGCUUAUCUCCAUCACUUUGGCAAACAGGACGGGAAAGUAUUCUACAUAGAAGACCUGCUUUAAUGGAUAAUCGUGAAGCGAUGCUUCUUGAAACAACGAACAGUUUGCGAUUAUCCAAGCUAGUCGUUCCACUUGUACGUUACCGUGGUGAAAGCGCUCUUCUCGAGUGUCAGUAUGAAUUGAAUAAUAGAAGCAUCCAUAGUAGAUCCAAUUUUAACAGCGAGAGACAUUACAGACGAAACAAUUAUUUAUACUACGACAAUGACGAGAAUGAAGCAGAAGUUUUGUAUUCGGUUAAGUGGUAUAAAGAUGGAGAAGAGUUUUAUCGGUUUGUUCCACGAGCCAGCCCACCACAAAAUAGUUACAGUUUCGAUGGGAUAAAAGUUGAUCAUAAAAGGAGCAAUAGCUAUAAAGUGUUCUUGAGAACUGUUUCACUCAAAAGUUCAGGUAUCUACAAGUGCGAAGUCUCACUUGAAGGUCCAUCAUUCUCUUCAGUUCAAAGUGAGAGUUACAUGCAAGUAGUUUAUCUUCCUAAUAACGGACCAUUUAUACAUGGAGAACAAGAAGCGUAUCAAUCGGGUGACAAAUUGAAUUUAAAUUGCACAUCAGCGCGAAGCUACCCAGCCUCGAAGUUACAAUUUUUCAUCAACGAUAAUCCGAUAACAAAUCCCAAAUAUAUCAUUAUUUACCCCGACGUUAACCACACUCAUCACCUUAUCAGCACGUCCAUUGGGCUAAACAUGAGAAUAAAUUCACAAUAUUUCGAGGAUAGCGUAUUGCGUAUACGUUGUGUCGCAACCAUAUCACCCAUCAUAUGGAGUGGAAAUAAAGAGACUGUCAUUCAACAGCAAGGCUUACAGCAAUUCGCAAUUCCAUUGCCUUCGAUAGAUACAAGAGAAGUUUUGUUUUUAGUAAAAUCAAGCGCAAUUACAAUCAAAUCAUCGACUUUAUCGACUCUUCUGUUGAGUGCAAAUAUUUUAUGUAUCAAAUUUGUUUAUCGAUGA